UUUACCUGCAACACACCCAAUACAGCAGCUGCAUAACCGGCGAGCCCACGCUGUCGUGCACGGACGUCGGCGCCCAAGGGACGACGCACGCCUGAUUGCAUAGCCAGCGUCUCCAACAAAAGUGUCCUUAGCAUCCACACUGAAGACGGAGGAGGAGAGCAAACUAUGAACGACGAUGAUUUCUGCUAAGAAAACUCCGGAGAAGAGUCGCUAUCCUGUGCACUAUCUGGUGUGGCACAACAAGCACCGACAACUGGAGAAGGAGCUGGCAGCCAACGAGCAGACUGAUCUAGAGUCCCUGGACCCCCGUGGUAGGACCCCUCUGCACCUGGCUGUCACACUGGCCCACCUGGACUGUGCCAGAGUCUUGUUAGAGCAUGGAGCUGAUGUCAGCAAGGAGAACCGCAACGGCUGGACUGUUCUCCAGGAGGCCGUCAGUACCAGAGAUCCGGAGCUGGUGCGUCUGGUGUUGCGUUACCGUGACUACCAGAGGACCGCUAAGAGAUUGGCGGGCAUCCCCGUCCUGCUGGAACGACUGCGCCAAGCCCAGGAUUUCUAUGUGGAGAUGAAAUGGGAAUUUACCAGCUGGGUGCCCCUCGUGUCCCGUAUCUGCCCGAGCGACACCUACAGGGUUUGGAAGAGUGGCCAGUGUCUCCGUGUUGACACUACCCUGACCGGAUUUGAGCAGAUGACCUGGCAGAGAGGAAACCGAAGCUUCAUUUUCAGGGGACAAGACUCCAACGCAGAGGUGAUGGAGGUCGACCACGACAGGCAGCUGGUGUUCUGUGAGACCUUGUGCGUCUCGUCUCUCACUGCGCUUUCCCCUGGCCGGGGUAAAGGCGGCGCCUGCAACAGUACAACGGCCGGUCUGGGGCUACUGGGGGGAGUCCAGCCCAGUGAUGAGCAGGUGGCGGGACGGCUGUCUGCCCCCGUGGUGACCACUCAGCUGGACACUCGCAACAUCGCCUUUGAGAGGAAUAAGACGGGUAUCCUGGGCUGGAGGAGUGAGAAGACUGAGACUGUGAACGGAUACGAAGCCAAGGUCUAUGCUGCUUCCAAUGUGGAGCUUCUCACUAGGACCCGAACGGACCAUUUGUCAGACCAGAACAAGAACAAGAUUAAAGGUGGGAAGACUCCAUUGCAGAACUUCCUCGGGAUCGCAGAACAACACAUGGGCCCGAACAAUGGGGCCCAUGUCACCCAGAUGUCAAGUCCUGCAGUGACCAACCCAUCAGCACUGACAGCUGAGGAAUACUUCAACCCCAGCUCAUCACCGAGUCAAAGGGACAUUGGCCACACGUGCCAACUCACCACUAAGACCCAGAGAUUCAAAGCGAAGCUUUGGCUGUGCGAGUCUCAUCCACUGUCGCUGGCAGAGCAAGUGGCGCCCAUCAUCGAUCUCAUGGCGAUCUCCAACGCUCUUUUUGCCAAGCUGCGCGACUUCAUCACGCUUCGCUUGCCGCCCGGCUUCCCUGUCAAGAUCGAGAUCCCUCUCUACCACAUUCUGAACGCCAGAAUAACCUUUAGCAAUCUGAACGGCUGCGAGGAGGGGGCGAGCGUGGAAGGGGACGGACAGAGGUACACCCUGAGGACAGACACCCCCUCUCCUGGCAGCGACUCUUCCAGUGUCUCCAGCUCCAGCUCCACCAUGUCAUGUCGAGUGGGAGAGAUCCCCCCCUGUGUGUUUGAGCCCCCGCCUGGAUACACCAUGCUUGGAGGGAAACAGAGAGACAGCAUGAGGGAGGAGGAAGAGGACCUGCUGCAGUUCGCCAUUCAACAGAGUCUGCUGGAAGCCGGCUCGGAAUACGAUCAGGUGACCAUCUGGGAGGCACUGACCAAUAGCAAGCCAGCAGCAAACCCCCUGCCAUGUGACCCGAGCCGCCUGGAUAGGAUCCCCCCGCUGAAGCCGCGCUCGCCCACCAGCCUCUCUUCCACCCCCUCCAAGAAGCAGACCGCCGGCCGCAGCUACGACGAGCAGCUGCGCAUCGCCAUGGAGAUAUCGGCCCGCGAGCAGGAAGAGGCGGAGCUCCGGCGACGGAAAGAGGAGGAGCAACUGCAGCACAUCAUCCAGCUGUCACUCAUGGAGAAGUGAGAUGACGCGGGUAAGGGGGACGGGCGGCGACAUUGUAAGCACACUCGGGAAGGAAGUGGACCGAGGUUUUUGCUCGGGAGGGGGAGGUAACGCCGACUCUGCAAAACGGGGUCAAAGGUCACCCUCUGUACUAAACCACCCUUGCUGUCACACUAUUGCCAUUUUUUUUUACUCUCAAAUGUGAUUUGAAAAGCACCAUUAUAGACAACAUUAUCCAAAUGUGAUCAAUAUCACUCAUAAACCCCCCCCCCCCUCGCCCCAAUUGUCGUGUGAUGUGGAAUUGUCUUUUUCUGUGCCCGAAUGCACAACGCAAGGUCUAUAAAGGCGUGCUCGGAGGAGUUUGGCGUGGAAGAACAUGCAAACAAUAGGACAGGUCAACUUCCUGUUUUAGGUGCAGUGGUCGCGUACAAAUACGACAAAAAAAGACAUGUGAAUGUUUGAAGCCUUCACUCAUAUUAAUAAUUACAAUAAUAAUAAUAAAACUUGCUCAGUUGUACCUUUUUUGUUUUUUUUUAAUUGCACAAAAAAUCCAAAUGUACUGUAUUCACACGGUGGUUGGCUCACAUGUACAGUAUAUGUCAAUGCACAAGGGAGCACGGACAAAUGUUGUUUUUUUGGUGACAAUACUCAAGUUGUGUGGGAAAAAAAUGUGCCUUUUCAAAGAAAAAUAAUGGACAGCUAUUAGUUUGACACAAAUUGGUUAUUAAUAUUGUCAGGUUCAAACACUGAUGACAUCUAUUAAACAAGACAGGAAGCAAGGAAUUGAACAGAGACAGAAUUCAAUUUGGCUCAAUUGAGGAGAAACAUCUGGACUGUACUCUUUGUUGUAUUGUAAUCAACGGAAAGAUAUUGUCUUGA